AUGAAGAGCAUUACCACCAGCUCACCUCUAGAGCUCGUCUCCAUCGACUAUCUUCACUUGGAAUCUAGCAAGGGAGGGUUUGAGUACAUUCUGGUCGUCGUAGACCAUUUCACCCGGUUUGCUCAGGCCUACGCCACCAGAAACAAGUCCGGAAAGACAGCUGCGGAGAAGCUGUUUGAUGACUUCAUCCCACGGUUUGGCUACCCAUGGAAACUACACCACGACCAAGGAAGAGAAUUUGAGAAUGAGCUCUUCAAAACUCUGCAACAGCUGAGUGGAGUGGGUCACUCAAGGACUACCCCUUACCACCCCCAGGGAAAUCCUGCUGAGAGAUUCAAUCGGACUCUGCUGCAAAUGCUCAGGACUCUGGAGGAGAAGGAAAAGGAAAGGUGGAAAGAGCACCUACCACAAGUCAUCCACGCCUAUAACUGUAUCAGGCAUGAAGCGACUGGGUUCUCGCCCUUCUAUGUAAUGUACGGCCGUCACCCACGUCUGCCUGUGGACAUGAUCUUCGGAUUGGCCACUGAAGAGGAAACCACUUCUCCAAGAGGUUAUGCAGAAAAGUGGGCCUCAAGAAUGAAGGAAGCUUACAGACUCGCCUCUGAAAACAGUCAACAGUCAAGUGCUCAUGGAAAGAGCUACUAUGACCAGCACACAAAGGGUGUUGUGCUUGAACCAGGUGACCGAGUCCUAGUGCGUAAUCUGAGUGAGAGAGGAGGGCCAGGGAAGCUAAGAUCCUACUGGGAAAACAAAGUUCAUGUGGUGAAGGAGCGGAUUGCUGAUGGACCAGUCUACAAAGUGGCCUCAGAAACAGACGGGCACAGAAUGCAGCCCACUUGCUCCCUUCACCUAGCUCCUUGCGGAGCCUCUCCCUCUCUAGGGGGUCAGAGCAACACAGCCGGCUUCCUGCAGCGGGAGGAGAAGCGGCUGUUCGAAAAGUUUUGGAAGGGGACCUUCAAGGCCGUGGCCACCCCCAGACCUGAGAGUGUCAUCGUGGCCAGCAUCACUGCCCGCAGGAGGGUGACCGACAAGGAGACAACAGCCUGCCAGCCGCCCAAGACUGAUGAGCAGAAGUUGGAGGGCGCAGACAGGGGCGUGGACACCGCUAACAGAAAUGGCUGCCUCAGCGACAAAGGACGCAAUUACAGCAGUGGUCGGAGGGUCAGGAGCCCUUCCUCUGAUGCGGAUCUGUCCCCGCAGCCGACACGCAAGGCGAAGAAGAAGAAGAGGAAGUCACAGCGGAAGAGAAAGAGAAAAAGGUCUCCAUCCUGUAGCCUUUCACCACUGAGGAAGAAGAAGAAGAAGAAGAAGAAGAGCUCCAAGAAGAGCAAGCGCCACAGAUACACCUACAAAAAAUCCAAACACAGCUCUUCAAGCUUAAAACACAAGAGGAAGGAUGAGCGCAAGCACAAGAAAAGGUCGCGGAGCCACACACACCGGAGACGACAUUAUCGGAGGUCAGAGUUGGACAGUUCGACCUGGAGAUCCUCCGCAGAGAGCAGACAUCAUCUGCAGAAAUCUGUUGAGCAGCAAGCACUGGGACACCUGGCUGCCCUAGAAGAAGACAACGAUGCAGCUCUCAACCAAAAGGACUUGGACUGGAGACCUUUGGCCAAGUCGGUGUGUAAAACACCUUCACAGUAUCGCUCCAUCUUCUCCACCGGCACUAGCUCGCCGCCGUCCAAACCCGGAGAGGAGCUUUUACACGCACAGGGAACUCUGCAUCACAGUCUAGCCGGUCACUCCGAAGGACGGCACAAUUACGAUUCGGGGAACGACACGUCUUCACCGCCGUCAAGUAAAACCGGUGUUUCUCGGGCGAGUGUCACUGCAGACAAAAGGAGCCGUUGUCGAGGUCUGGCCUCGCCGGAGAAGUUGAAGUGUGCUGACAGAGACAACGCCUCUGAUUCAGGAAACUCCGUGACCAGUUAUGCCUCCCUGUGCAAGCCUCAUGUGGAGGAAGGCCUAUCCACCAACUUUUUCAAUGGGAAUGGCAAGAGUCAGCGGAUAACCUUAGGAUGUCAGGUGGAGGUUGUGAGAUCUCCGAGGACUGCAAGCUCUCCACCGAGGAUGGACGGCUUUUCUCGGCCCCGUCUUCAAACGCAGUCUCCCAGCAGCAGGAGCCGGAGUAGAUCCUCUGGGAGCUCGAGGCAUUCUGGACACCACUAUCGCAGCCAUUCACUAUCAUCAGGCAGCUCGUACUCCCGCUCGCCGAGUUACUCAUCAGAUCUGAGGCAGAGGGGAAGCGUGGCCAGCGCCAGCUCCAGAGGAAGCUACUCAAGACACAGCCCCAGCAGGCAUCGACACAGGAAGAGGACAUUUGGCUCAAGAGAGAGGGGUGUGAAUAAGAAGCAGAAGGCUGGCAGAAAGAGACGAAGGCGCAGGUCCUACUCUCCUAUGAAGAAAAGGAGACGAGACUCGCCGAGCCAUCUGGAAGCACGACGAAUUACAAGUGCCAGGAAGCGACCAAUCCCUUACUUCCGACCCAGUCCUUCCCUGAGCAGUCGGUCCACCAGCGUGUCCUCCUGGAGCAGCCUCUUCACAAGGAGCCGCAGCCGCAGUCCGAUGUGCAGCGUCAGCAGAAGCAAGAGUCGUAGCCUCACUUACACCUCCUCUUACAGGAGCUACAGCCGAAGUUCAUCCUGGGACUCCAUCUUCGGGACUCGCAGCCAGAGCCGGAGGCGAAGUUGCAGCUAUACGUCACUGAACAAAAGUGGCAAAAGUAAGCAUUAG